UUUUCUGAAUUUGAAAAGAAAAUCACCACCACCCACAAGCAAUGAUCCUAGUCAUGAUGAAAGUCCAUCAAACGUUAGACGUGCUAUACGCCCAUGUCCUUUGCCGGCCACUUCAACUCCAAGCAGGAUAGGAGGUAAAGUUAGAGCAGACCAGGUAGAUUUGGAUAAGCUACCCCACGAUCCAGCCGAUAGGAGGAGAAUAUCAGAAUAUAUAGGACCAAAGCUACAAGAUGAAGUAAGGCGGAGAUAUUUGAUUAGAGGUCCGCAUAGGCCACAACCUGGCUUCAAGUAUCCACAGAAGAGGAUAGGCAAUAUUUUACGCCAGUUUAAUCAUAAAUGGUUUGGAGACUAUCACUGGCUAGAGUACAGUGAGGAGAAGCAUGCUGCCUUUUGCUUACAUUGCUACUUGUUCAGAGAUUCCAUUGAAGGACAAGGAGGGAAUGACACAUUUGUAAUUGACGGUUUUGAUUGUUGGAACAAGCCGGAAAGACUUCGUGACCAUGUGGGCAAAUCUCCUAAUAGUUUUCAUAAUACGACAGUCAAAAGAUGUGAUAAUUUGCUGAAACAUAACCAAUCAGUUGUUAUUGCUCUCGACAAGCAAAGCAAAGUCACUGAAAAGGAGUAUAUGAUUCGAUUGAACAAUUCCAUAAGUGUUGCUCGAUACUUGCUGCAUCAAGGUCUAGCAUUCCGUGGUCAUGAUGAAUCAGAAGAGUCUAAGAACAAAGGAAAUUUUCGAGAGUUAUCAAUUCUUUUGGCAGAGCAAAAUGAGAACACAAAGAGAGUUGUGUUAAGAGAUGCGCCUGGAAAUAAUAAACUGAUAGCUCCAGAAAUUCAGAAGGACAUUGCUGAAUGCUAUGCAGAGAUCAUAGUCAAAUCUAUUGUUGCUGAAAUUGGUGGUGGAGUUUUCUGUUUAUUGGUUGAUGAGUCCGCUGAUGUUUCAGGCAAGGAACAAAUGGCUGUAGUUUUGCGGUAUGUCGACGAGUUCGGAGCAGUCCAAGAAAGACUUAUUGGUGUUGUUCAUGUGAAUGAGACAUCUGCUUCAUGUCUCAAAUCCGGCAUUGAUCAGUUGUUCAAGAAGUAUGGAUUGAACGUAAAACAAGUUCGAGGCCAAGGGUACGACGGGGCUAGCAACAUGAGAGGUGAGUUCAAUGGCUUGAGAGCUUUGAUCAUGAGGGAGAAUAGCUCAGCAUAUUAUGUUCACUGCUUCGCUCACCAACUCCAGUUAGUCAUUGUGGCAGUAGCUAAAAAGAAUGAUGAUGUUAGUGACUUCUUUGACAUGAUAGCCCUUCUGCUUAAUGUGGCCGGAGCAUCUUGUAAACGAAAAGACUUGAUUAGGGAGAGUCAGCAAGAAAGAGUGAAGAAAGGUAUUGGUUGUGGACAACUUAGUACUGGAACGGGAUUAAAUCAAGAGCUAUCACUUCAAAGAGCUGGAGACACUCGUUGGGGUUCUCACUAUAAAACUCUUCGGAGCAUACUUAACUUGUUCCCAGAUGUUAUUGAAGUACUCAAGUAUGUUGAAAAAGAUGGGCCAAGUGAUGCAAAGAAGCGUCAAGCUCGUGGUCUUUUAGAUUAUGUUACUGAUUUUGACUUCGUGUUUCAUCUACACUUGAUGUUUCUUAUCUUGGGACAUGCAAAUGCUUUAUCUCUAUCUUUACAGAGGAAAGAUAAGGACAUCUUGGAGGCUAUGGUAGAGGUGAAGUUAACCAAGCAAAAAUUUCAGAAAAUCAGAGAUGACGGUUGGGAGUCUCUAUUGGAGAGAACUCACUCAUUUUGUGAGCUGUAUGAUAUUCCUAAGUUGGAUAUGGAAGAAGAGUAUAUAGACCGGCAUAAACCAAGGAAAAAAACCAACCGCACUAACUAUCAGCACUACAGAUAUGAUUGCCUCAACCCUGUUAUUGACUUGCAGCUUGCAGAGUUCAAUGAUCGUUUUAAUGAAGUAAAUUCGAGCCUUCUUACCCGAAUGGCUGCAUUCUGUCCAAAAGAUUCCUUUGAAGCUUUCGAUGUUGAGAGCUUAGUUGAUUUGGCUAAGUCCUAUCCAGAUGAUUUUGAUUCUAUCCAGUUGAAGGAACUUGUUCAUGAGCUUCCUUUCUACAUUGAUAAUGUGCGAGCAGACGAAAGAUUUACAGGCCUGAAAACUAUUUAUGAACUUGGUAAGCUGAUGGUUAGUACAAAUAAGCAUCUUGCUUUUCCUUUGGUCUAUCAGCUCCUGAAGCUAGUAUUAGUGCUGCCUGUCGCAACUGCAUCAGUGGAGAGAUGUUUCUCUGGAAUGAAAAUAGUGAAGACUGUGCUACGUAAUCGCAUUGGUGAUGAUUUCAUGAACUACUGCAUCAUUUGUUUCUUGGAGCAAAGACUUCUAUAUUCAACUUCACGUAAGGAUGUAAUAGAUUACUUUUUGAAGAUGAAAGAACGUAGAGGUCAAGAAAAAUAGAGAGGUAACUACUUUUGUAAUCAGUUUUAGGAUACAUUCGCAACUAUUAUUAUUUUUAUUUAUGUCAGGUUACUAAAAAAACAUUAUAGACAUGUUAUACGAGCUACACAUUUUUGGAUAUAAAUUUUCUACCUUGUUUUUAAUGGGACACAUUAGUGUUACUUGUUUGUGUUG